CAAAUGUUAACUCUAUUAAAUUUUAAGAGAAAGCAAAGCAUAGAAUAUUGGCGAUCUUGUGUUUCAAUUUCAAGAAACACAUUGAUUGAUCUACUUUCCAAUCACUUCAGUUUCCAAUUUCAAGAAAUCCAAUGUCGAACAAGCAAUUCAACGUCCCUCCGGUGAUUUUCCCGACAUCCACAAAUCAACAUCGUCCAACGGCACCAUUCCAGCCUCGUCCAACCGCAAACCCAAUCCCCUUCAUGUCCUUCGAAAUAGGCUCCGCAACAACCUCGUCCUUCCCACCAGCUCCGAACAAUUUCAGUUUCGACCAAGAGCCACCUCUCUUAGAAGAACUAGGAAUCAACACGAAACAGAUCUGGAACAAAACCACAUCGCUCCUUAACCCACUCCGCGUCAAAAACCUGGAUCUCCACGAAGACGCCGACCUUUCAGGACCGGUCAUGCUCAUAAUGGCGUUUGGUCUUUUCCAGCUUUUGGCAGGGAAGAUUCACUUCGGGAUUAUUCUCGGUUGGGUAACGGUUUCGGCGAUGUUUCUUUACGUUGUUUCCAACAUGCUCGCGGGACGUAAUGGAAAUUUGGAUCUUUAUCGAUGUGUUAGUUUAAUUGGUUAUUGCAUGUUGCCUAUGGUUAUUUUGUCUGCAAUUUCCUUGUUUCUUCCUCAGGGUGGGUUAUAUAUCUCUGUUAUUGCUAUGUUUUUUGUUGCAUGGUCUACCAAGGCUUGUACUAUGUUAUUGGUACAUGUGGCUGGGUGGGACCAACAUCCUGGGUUACUUGCAUAUGUUUGUUUUCUUAUUUAUUCUUUGUUCUCGCUUCUUGUUGUCUUUUGAACUUCAACAACUCUUUCUGUAUGUUAUCAUUCAUUCAUUAAUGUACAGAUUUUGAGUGCAAUCCACUUUUGA